GUCUGCGUGGGCCAGGCUAAUACCAAUACUAAUAACGCCAAUAACGUAAACAAUCUUCAGAACACCGUUCUAGCCCAAUCAGCCGGGAUUCACGAUUUGAACGCGGCCGGUCAGUUGAAUAUAACAAGUCAACAGCUGCAGUUGCAGCAACAAAUGGGUCAAGCACCUGGCAUGGGUGAAGUACUCACCCCCAAGAGACAGGCGGUUGUGGAUCGCCUCAGACGUAGGAUCGAAAGUUAUCGGCGUAGACAGACCGAUUGUAUACCGAGAUUCGAUCAAAGCUUCAACGGUUUGUGCGAACAGAAUAUUCAGGACACACUGGUGCUGAAACAACGUUUCCUCGAGAGUAAGGCGAAACGACAAGUAAAGAAAACGGACAAGAAGCAAAGCGAGCCGGUCGGUCUCUCCAGCGUUCACGUGCUCGGUCGCUAUCCAGGUCACGAAAUUCGCGCUACACCUACGGCCAGGCCCUAUCAUCGGCAUCGCUCUCCUGUCGAUACUCGGCUAGAGGACGUCGGGGGAUUUGGAAAUACUCCGCAGCAAAAAUUCGUGAAGAGGACGGCCGAGGAGUUGGAGCCAGCCGGUGGUGGUAGCGGAGACGGUGGCUUCGGCGAGCCCCCCGUGAAGCUGCAAUGCACGCAGGCACAGCAUCAACAUCAACAGGGACCCGGUGGCGGUGGUGGUGGCGGUCCCCAUCAUGGCCACGGCCAGCAUCCGGCUGGGAAUGGCGCGAACUCCACGGGUCCGACGCAUGGCGGCGGUGGAGGUGGCGGCGGUGGUGGUGGAAAUGAGGGACUGACCAAAUUCUCCGUCGAAAUUGUGCAACAAUUAGAAUUCACUACGUCUGCGGCUAACUCCCAGGCUCAACAGAUCUCUACGAACGUGACUGUGAAGGCGUUGACGAACGCGUCGGUGAAGAGUGAUCUUCUGAACGCGUCGUCAUCGCCGAAAUCAGGUCCGGAUACGCCAGCAUCCGCGACGUCUAGGCCUCAGACUGGAAACGGGGCUGGAGGCGGACCAGGCACUGGGAACGCUGGUACCGGAGCACCAGCUCCCGGUGGAAUCGGUUGCGUGGAUAUCGGUAACCUGGUCGAAUGCAAACAGGAGCCGGACAACGAGUUUGUCGAUUUAGAACAAUGCGCAGCCGCGCUGGAGAAAGACGCGGCAGCGAACGGCGCCGGGUUCCCUGGCUUUUCCGACUUCAUGGGCGACGACACGGGCGAUGAAAUCAUCACCUCGGAUGCGUUCAAGGAUCUCAUCUCGGAGAUUUCCGACUUACAUCCCGAGUUCAUGAAAGACUUUGAUUUCGAGGAGAAGAUCCCGGUGGAGGCAUUGGCGAACAACGCGGUGGUAGCUCGGCUGCUGCCNGCGGCUGCUGCCGCGGCAGCAAAUAACAACAAUAAUAAUAACAGUAUCGGGACGAACAACGGACAGAUCAAGAUCGAGGAUGACAAGGACUCGAUACACCAGCAACACGGGAACGUGAACAGCAAUAAUGUAAACAACGGUACAAGUACGAAUAAUGGUAAUGCCAACGUGCCAGCUAAUUCGAGUCCUGGUGGUCUUGGCUCUGCCCAAUAUUCUCCAGCCAGGCUACCUUAUUCCGGUCUGGACUUCAAGUCCGAGAUGAGCCCCGCCGCUCAGACGCUGAAGCAAAUGGCUGAGCAGCAUCAACACAAAAGUCAACAGUUGGGUCUUGGUGGAUUUAAUCCUGGAGCCGCAGCCGCAGCCGCUGCCAGAGGACCAACCGCUCGUUCACCUUACGCGGAAUUUCCUCAAUUUGGUGGCACGUCCGACUAUCUGGGCAGCCCUGGCAGCGCUGGUCCACCCGGUGGACAAUCUCAAGCGACCUCGGGCACUGGAUCGUAUCACAAGAACAACGGUACGUCCGGAUUCCAGAGUCAACAGACGAAUGACAUGUUUGUCAGCUCGCAAACUCAAUUCGCCACGGGCCUCGCUGACAUGAAGAGACCGCAGCCUGCCACCGGUGGCAAACCGACCAUGCUUGGACCAAGCGGAGGGUAUAAGCAGCAGUAUUCGCCAUACGGUAGCCCAGGAUCAAUGCCGAAUCACGGCAGCCCUGGGUAUCCGCUUCCACCAAGAGGCUCCCAAGGCGGCGGACCCAAUCAAACCGGAUCCCAAGGACCCUUCAGUAGCUCCACACCUCCUAGACCUCCCUCAGGACCUGGCACAUCCACUUUACAAAUUAACCAGGCACAGCAGCUACACAUUAACAACCCCGGACAUCAGAUUCAGGUGUCUGCGGGUCAGCAUAUGCAGCUAACAGGCGACCUGAAGCCAGGCGUAUCAGUGGCGGCGCAACAGGGCAUGUACUUUAACCAGCAACAGAACCAAAGUCAGUCAGGACCGGCCGGGCAAACGGACACGUAUUGUUCGGUUUCUCAGUCUCAAACGAUCAACUUCACGCAGCAAAGUCUGAGGCAGAGAGCUGCGGCUGCAGCCGCGGGUGGCGUUUCCCAACCCGCUGGCGCUGCAGCUGCACGCAACCAUCCCCAGCAAGUGCCACCGAAUCAAGUGGAUCAACAUCAACAUGCGAAGAUUCUUCAGCAGCAGCAGCUAAUGCGCGCUCAGCAGGUGAUGCAACAACAGCACAUGGCCGGAGGAAUGGGUGGCGUGAGACCACCACCUCCCGAAUACAAAGCGGCGGCUCAGGCCCAAAUGAUGCACGCUAGUAUCGGCAUGGGUCAGCAGCCUAGGUUUCCAAAUACCGGGCCUAUGCGUAGGGUUACACAACAACCUAUGCCACCUUCAGGUCCGAUGAUGAGGCCGCAAAUUGCGCAGCAGCAGCAGCAGGCGUUGCACGCUGCCGGUGGUAACAUGUACAUGGGCGGUGGCGGUAUGGCCGCCAUAGGCGGAAUGCAUCAGAUGCAUCAGCGUCUUGGAUAUCCUAGGACUAACAAUCAACGGCCGCCUAACGUUAGCGUGGGUCCGCCUGAUGGCCUUGGAAAUAGUAUCGCGGGCCGCGGCGCCCAGCAGGAGUGGCGACACGUUCUCAUGCAGCAACAAGGCUUUCAGGCGCAGGCUUUGCGAUCGCAAUUUAACCAACAAGGUCACCAAGGUGGAUUCGGUAUGGGUAACACAGGUGGAAUGCAGAUGAACGCCGCACAGAUGCAACAGCAUCAACAGUUGAUCCGCUCACAGAGUGGAGGUAUCGCUGGCUCCGGUAUGGCCAACAGCACUCAGAUGCAGCAGUUACUGUCGCAGCAACACCAGCAGCAAACAUUAGCCAUGCAGCAGAGUAAUAAUCAAAUGUCACUGCAGAUGCAAAUGUCGCAGUCCUCAUCAGUCAACUCUGUCAGCACUACCGGAACCGGUUCUCCCCUGCACCCGCAUCAACAGUACGGAGCUGGUAGUCCAGGAGUGCGCAGCCUGUCUCAACAGCAACAGCAACAUGCGCAACCGCCGGCCACCACUACGGACCCUUCCGUAGCCGCAGCGGACUUUAGCCUCGAAUUUCUGGAGAACCUUCCGACUGGAGACACGUCGAACUUCAGCGCUCAGGAACUGCUGAAUUCCCUCGACCCUACGGCGGGCUUCAACCUCGAUAUUCUGUAAGACCACGCCUAUCGCGGUCUAUUCGGAAAAUCGGAUUUUAAUUCACUCAUAGAUCGGUUUAAAACGCAAAAAAAAAGUGAAAAUGUGAAAAAGAACGACGUACGAUAAUACAUACACGCGCUAGGAUCGAUCACCCCCAGAAAAAACGCUUACGUCCAUAAGUAGAUUCGCUUUGACUGCACGCGCAGCAUUCUCCGUCGUAUGCUGCGCUGACAAUUCGUUUAACAGUUCCUUCGAGAUCGAUGAAUAAUGACGAGACAUAAUCGUCGCGUCGAGAGAAAAUUAGUUGGUAAAAGUUAACAGGUUUACUGGGUUCGUGGAACGUGAUCGUACCAUUUGUUAGUCUUGAUGGUAAUGUGGCAAAACUGUAGCGGUGAAUGGACUGUGAACGAAGUCGAAAGUAGACGAAACGAGUGAAAGGGGGCGAGGAGACAUAAGAUUAUUGAUUUCCGUGUUGUGACGACCACUCGUCGAACCGCGACGAUCACGGUUACCUGUAACGCGCGUCCUCCAAUGAUCAGACAUGUUCAUCGAUUAAUCUAAUUUGAAAACGCGCAGUCGGGGUGUUUGAUCCAGUCGAACCAGAAGUAAAUGGCGGUCGGUAUCGCGACACGUGCAUAUGAUAGAUCCAUACGUGUAGUAAGUUUCCUUAGACAGUUCGAUGUUCGGCUUGCGGACGAUAGAGGGUGCGCGAGUUGAAAAAUUCGUUCGUCAGAGGGCAUCCGGUUCGACGUCUCGCUUGCAUGGAAACCGGUCGUAGUGCAUUUUCGGCAGCUAUCCUUCGGCUGGCGACUAUUCUUCUAGGCAAUCAUCUUUUAGUAAAAUUUAAUUUCUUAAACGAUAAACGAUCAAAGAAGCAGCAGAAACAAGAGAGUAAGGAAAAGAGAGGUAAAUAGAUCGAAAUAGAACCAGCGGACGGUCGACAGCGUGGGAAAUCAAGAGGCACGCGUAAAAAUUCGUCCCGUCGUUCGUUGCUCCGCAAACGUUUUAUAUUACAUAUACACAUAUAAUAAUAUAUAUAGUGACGUUUAAUCGCCAUGUAAGUGGCAUGUUCGAAUCCUUUUUUUUCGCUGCUCCCCAUGUUCUCAAGUUUUCGCAGUGACGGUCGCACCGGAGUGAGGAUCGAUCGAUCUUUCUCUCUCGAGUGCACGCGUCGACGACACUGCGCGGUGACUUCGACGCGCACUCCACAAAACGACCAACGAUAUAAUUCAAUCUCUUGAUUUUUCACGCGAUGAUCCACGAUCGAGAAUCGUCAGCGGACAGGCGAACAAAAGAAAAUAUCGUCCUAAUAAUCGUCGGUUCACGAUCGAUCGUGUCGUCGUUUUUGUUACAAUGACGUUCCAUUUAUCCUUUCGGUCGACGAUCGAGCGAAAGAACAUUGAAUCGUCGAUUUUCUUGAACAAGUCGACAUUCGACCGUCGCUGAACUUCGAUUUACAGCUAAUUACAUUAUUACGAUAAUAACAAUUGCUAGAGAUAAUAGCGUAUUUAAACGAUGCCGCGAACGAUCGCGUAUUCUACAAUUAACAGAAAGUCAAUUAUGAGAUAUAUUAUUCGAUUCCCGAUGAAUUACAUCGUGGUCUGCGACGACGGGCCAGUGUUUCGGCCCGAUCGAUCGGUCCACGUCUCGCAGGGUUCGCGUCGCGUUUGAUGAUGAGGAGAGAAAGAGACGGAGCGAAUAAGAGUGGGAGAGAAUGAAGAAACCCUUCCUAAGAACGCAGUGUUAGUGUUGCUACGGGAUAAAUUACAAUCUUGACUGUACAUAAAAAUACACGAUUAUAUAAACACACACACAUACACAUACACGUACACAUACGAGUUAGAAGAAAAUUCAGGACGAUAAGUUCGCAAACUUUAGCCGAUUAAAAUUUAAGAGCCCUACGAUAUAGGUGAAUAUUAUACAUAUAUAUAUAAAUAAAUAAAUAUAUAUAUAUAUAUAUAUAAUGAUAAUAGUAAUCGAUGAUAACGCACGAUUCAAGAGCGAAUGGCGAGAAAUAGUGAUACGGAUGAAAAUAGAAAGAGAUAGAAUAUUUGAGAAUAUGGGAAAAAAAAGAAUAUAAUUGGUGCGAAAAAGUGAAACGAAUGAAUCGGUGAGAAAGAAUGAGACAACGCGUGAUUGUGUAUGUGUGUUUCGCGCGGCGAUAAAGCACAUUUCCUCGAUCCGAGCGUAUUUAUUGAGUUUUAGUUCCAUAGAAUGUGCUCUGUCGCCGAAUUCGACAGGUUGCACAUGAAAUAAUUACGGUCAGCUGCGAACAUCGUUCUUGGUACGAUGAACCGAAUGCUCUUCUCGCGGAUAUUCCGGUUCUUUUCGGCUCUUUCGAAAUACCAAGAAUCGUUGUAACAGGAUAGCAUUAGUACUUAUCGUUUGAUCCAUUUUCAGUCAGAAUUCAUGCGAAACGUUCGAUUGAUACGGUGAUUUAUGAAAUGUAUCGAGCUACAGUUCAUCGUCACCAGAUGGCGGGUUCGCGACUAAUCUUCCAAAUAGUAAAUACAUUCCAUAGAUAAUGAAAAUGGAGUUAGAGAUUCAUGGUUCGUCUAAUCAAAACUAUCGUUUCUAGAAAAAGAGAGAGAGAGAGAGAGAGAGAGAGAGAGAGAGAAAGGUCGAAAUAGAUGAAAAAACGAAGUUUACGAGGAAACCGUCGAGAUAAGAUAGACGCACUAGAAUUCAAGAACACCGAGUGAAUAUACGGGACACCCGGUAGAAAGUAGAAAAGAAAGACAGCAGAGAAACGAGAGUGCAGGAAAGUAACGAAAAGUAAAAUAAUCCUCGACCGUUCGCCGAAAAGCGUGCACGAAUACUUUCCGAUUGGAGUUUCGCUCGUCACUCGCAGUUAUAUUCAGCGCCCGAAUGGAGAUCGCGUCUCCGAUUUCGAGCAUGUUCGUGUCAUGCGAAAAUUAGCAAAAAGAAGACAGUACGCGCGCCGCGCGGAUCCUUUUUUUUUUUUAACGUAAAAUAAAUAAA